AUGGCUAAGGGAAAGUGGAUUGACAAAAAAACAGCCACCCACUUCCAACUCGUCUACCGCCCUCAAAAUGAUCCCCUCAUCCACGACGAGAAUGCACCACAAAUGGUGCUUAACCCGACCCAGCCCCCAAACAGCAAAGGCAAGGGCAAGGGAAAAACCCUCAGCGAAUUAGCCAGCGAGCUAGGCGACGAUGUGCGCAGCGUCCGCGCCAAUGAGGGCGAGGCCGCCAACUACGGCAUCUUCUUCGACGACACGGAGUACGAUUACAUGCAGCACCUUCGCGAAAUUGGGACCGGCGAAGGGGAGGCUGUGUUUAUUGAAGCUAAUCCCGUGAUUAACCGGGGGAAGAAGGGGGGAAAGCAGAAACAGAGUCUGGAGGAGGCAUUGAGACAGCUGGAUCUGAAGAAUAAGAGCGAGGAGCUGCUGGAUCCAGAGAUUUUGCCCAACAAAAAUUUGCAGCAUGUGAGCUAUCAAGCCCAGCAGGACGUGCCAGAUGAGAUUGCGGGCUUCCAGCCGGAUAUGGAUCCGAGGUUGAGGGAAGUUCUGCAGGCGUUGGAAGAUGAUGCGUAUGUGGAUGAGGAAGGAGGGGAGGAAAUUUUUCAGGAGUUGGCAAAGGAUGCGAGGGAGUUGAGUCAGGAUGAGUUUGAGGAGACGUUUGACGAUUUUGAGGAGGAUGAGGGGUGGGAGUCUGAUCGGACGGUGAAGGCAGAGAAGAAGCCUGAACCAGCACAGACUGGCGACGGAGACGCACAACCCGCUUCAGACACAAAACCCGGUCAACAGACAUCAGGUGACACAGCUGAAGGGGAGGUACCCCCCGAAGCAACCUCCGAUGCCUGGAUGGAAGAAUUCAAAAAAUUCAAAUCCGACCAAAAAGCCGCCGAACGCAAAUCUGCCAAAGCCCGCGCCGCCCCCUCGGAAAUCCAAUCCUCCAUCUGGACUGUCACGACCAACGGCGGCCGGCGCAAGCACCGCAAGGGCGCUUUAACCAACCCUUCGACCUACUCCAUGACCUCGUCCUCUCUUCUCCGCACGGAACAGCUCAGCAUUCUCGACGCGCGCUUCGAGAAGCUGGAGGAGGAAUACAACGCCGAGUACGACGAGAUGGCGUCGAUGUCGGCAGUGUCGACGGCGUCGACGGUGCAGGGGCCGACGAGGCAGGACUUUGAUGGGCUAUUGGACGAAUUCUUGGACAAUUACCAAAUGGCGGGGAAGAAGCGGGUUAAGAAGGGGAAGCUGAGUGGCGUGGAACAGUUUGAUGAGAUUAGGAGGGAGUUGGGACCGCCGAGGAUCCCGGCAAAGUAUUUGGGGAAGGGGAAGGGGAAGGCUAGGGUGUAG